UGAAGUCUGUUAUUUGUCAUUUUGUGCAGCCCUUCCUUCUCUUUCUACGUCUCAUUGCUCCGUGGUCGUCUGAAUCGGCUGCAAACUGAGACAGGCCAGAUCGACCACACUAUAGCAAGCGAACAAUGCGCUGCAGCUCCGGGAUAAUACUGAAAAUGGAUUAGUAAGAUAAAUUUUGUCCACUCUUGCAAGGAGCGCUCUCUUCAGACGGAGAGCUGAUUGAAGAAAUCGUUAUUAUGCUGACCCUUUUCUCCUCGCUUGAGAAGGCUUUCCUGUGUGGGGGAGUGGGUUACAUCCUGUGGCGUUUCCUGUGUUUGUAAACUAGACGGGGAUUGAAAACGUCGGACGAGAGAAGCAGAAAAGUUUUAAUGCUAGAUGAGUGAGGUGGGUGUGGCUUCCCACCAGACCGACCAUCCUGACUGACGGAUCUCUGGAUGACCUUGUCCCCACCCCUGUCCCUGCGCUCACAUACACCGUUCCCACUGCAAUGUCACAUCUGCCCAGCAGCUCAGUCCGCGACCAUAUGAAAUGGGCGGGGCUGCUUGGCUGUGAAGCUGUCCUUUCCAGCAUGGCCCUGAUGCAGGCCAGCUCAAUGGCCGCUCCGCCCAAAAAAAUGAUGGCUCCACUUGGCCAUGCACCACCGCAGAGAGAAGGCCCUGACCGUGCACCCCAGAGCCACAUGAUCCUCCCAUCUGGAAUGAGCUGUCCACCUCUGCUCAUCCGGAAGGAAGGUGAAUUCCAAGCUCCCCGCCUGCUGGAUGAGAAGGAGAUGAGGGCCAACGAGGACAUGCAGCUGAAAAAAAAGAACAGGAAGUCAGGAACGCCCUGUAAAGUGAGAGAACAAGAAGGAAGGGGAGGGAAGGGGACAGGUACAGAUGAAAAUGGUCCAGCAUCCAAAGUGCAGAAAAAUUUUAUCUGCGAUCACUGUUACGGAGCAUUUAGGAGUGGUUACCACCUGAAGAGACAUAUUCUCAUUCAUACAGGGGAGAAGCCGUAUGCUUGUGCCAUAUGUGACAUGAGGUUUAUUCAGCGUUACCACCUGGAGAGACACAGCCUCAUUCACACGGGGGUGAAGCCGUACGCUUGUUCCAUGUGUGACAUGAGGUUUUUCCAGCGUUACCACCUGGAGAGACACAGCCUCACUCAUACGGGGGUGAAGCCGUACGCUUGCUCCAUGUGUGACAUGAGGUUCUUCCAACGUUACCAUCUGGCAAGACACAGCCUCACUCAUACUGGGGUGAAGCCAUACGCUUGCUCCAUGUGUGACAUGAGGUUUUUCCAACGCUACCACUUGGCAAGACACAGCCUCACUCACACGGGGGUGAAGCCAUAUGCUUGCUCCAUGUGUGACAUGAGAUUUUUCCAGAGAUACCACCUGGCAAGACACAGUCUCACCCAUACGGGGGUGAAGCCAUACGCUUGCUCCAUGUGUGACAUGAGGUUCUUCCAGCGUUACCAUUUGGCAAGACACAGCCUCACUCAUACUGGGGUGAAGCCGUAUGCUUGUACCAUGUGUGACAUGAGGUUCAUACAGCGUUACCAACUGGAAAGACACAGUCUUACUCAUACGGGGGUGAAGCCGUACGCUUGCACCAUGUGUGACAAGAGGUUUUUUCAGCGCUACCACCUGGCGAGACACAGCCUCACUCAUAUGGGUGUGAAACCUUACGCUUGCACCAUGUGUGACAUGAGGUUUUUUCAGCGUUACCACCUGGCGAGACACAGCCUCACUCAUACGGGUGUGAAACCUUACGCUUGCACCAUGUGCGACAAGAGGUUUUUUCAGCGCUACCACCUGGCGAGACACAGCCUCACUCAUAUGGGUGUGAAACCUUUUGCUUGUACCAUGUGUGACAUGAGGUUUGUUCAGCGUUACCACCUGGCAAGACACAGCCUCACUCAUACGGGGGUGAAGCCGUAUGCUUGUUCCAUGUGUGACAUGAGGUUUAUUCAGCGUAACCACCUGGAGAGACACAGCCUCACUCAUACGGGAGAGAAGCCAUUUGCUUGUGACAUGUGUGAUAUGAGGUUUAUCCAGCGCUACCACCUUGAGAGACACAAGCGUGUCCAUAGUGGGGAGAAGCCUUACCAGUGUGAACGGUGUCAGCAGAACUUUUCACGGACAGACCGGCUGUUGCGGCAUCGGCGGUUGUGCCAGGGUCGUGGUGUAGCCAAAGUGGAGAACCAGCCGUGCUGCGAACCACGCCCAUACCCCCAGGAACCCCCGCCUGCACCCCCAACCUGGAGUCCCCUGCAUCCCCCUCCGGGUCGGCUGGCUGUCUGACAUUCCACCUUACGUACAUCCAUAACAUCGCCAGAGACGGGACAAGCCACAGGGUUUCUUCUCAGCUCUGUGCUGAGUGGCGCCACACUCAAGCACAGACUGAUCUCGCAGCUCCAGUCUUGGGAUUACUAAUGACAGAGGGACAUUUGAGUUUUUUUGUUUUGUUGUCUUUUUACUGUAUUUCCUUUUUUGAUUUCCUUUUUUUUUUUCUUUCUUUUUUUUUUUUUUGAGACCGAGACUUUUCUGUGAUAAACAGUGGUCCUGUUUUGUACAUUUUUUUUUCUUUUUCUUUUUUUUGAGGAGAAAAGUUUGUAUUGUUAUUCAGAUAUAUCUGCUUUUGGUGGUACUUGGGGGUAGGACAGUGGGUUUUGUUCAUCCUGACACCUUAGCGACAAAAUGGGAUUCAUGUGUGACUGUUAUAGUGGUGAGGAAGAGUAUUUGAAACUCAUAAUGGUUUUGCUUAUUUAGCCCAUUUAAUAUAUAUGUAUAUAUAUAUUUUUUAAAAAAUACCUGAGUUGAAAUCGAUGAAACUAGUGUCCCUGCAGAUAAAGCGAGUAAACCAGUUUGUUAAAAAUUUCAUACAGACCAGAGCUUGCUUGUUGUUGCUGGGUCUUGCUCCGGUCACAGAGUCAUUCCACUCUUAACCAGGAUGAUGGGUUUUUUUCAUCUUCUACUAGUAAUUUUGAGAGCUUAAUCUGGCCUGAAAAUGACUCGAACAACCAGGGUUUCCUGACUUUAUCAACAAAGGGACUGCAGUUAUAAUAUAUGAUUUCUAUGGUAUGUAAAUAAUUGUAAAACUUUUAAUAUCAUUAUUUGACUAUGGGACUUAUGUGCUGAUUAAAUAUUUUUUUGGUACAAAAUGGGCUGAAAAGAAAAUGAAAAUAAGAAAGUUCAAUUACUGUUCCUUGCCACUGUAACACAGAACAGAGGAAACCUAGAGAAAAAAAUAUUUGUUAAAAGGAAAAAAAAUGGUAAUAUCAAACAGUGCUACAUAACUGUAAAACUAUACUUCCAGCAGUGGGUGACAUGAGGGCAGCCUGCAUUUGACUCUAGUCCUUUGUAAGAUGUCAUGGGUUAAUGUUAGGUGAUAGGAAAGUUGCCCGUGUAUCAUGUUCUGUGUCUUGUGUGAUGUGCUAAAGACUCAGGAAAUGGCACAGGAUGACAGCCUUAGCAAGUCCUCCCCCUUCACUCUUACUGGGAGCUAUGCUGUUGGAGGUCUGCAGUACUACAGCAGAUAGUUGUCUCUCCCAACUCUGUUUGUUCAUAGAUCUUGGUUUAAAAUAGUGCAGGUUGGCCGCUUCAGCAAGUCCCAUUAUGUUGUUUGUACAGAUUCUAGUGGGGGUAUACAAAAUCUUGUGGCCUUAGUGUGCUUUUUUUUUCUUUUUUCAUUUGCCUUUUUCUUAACUAAUUGUUUAUUAUUGUGGAUCAGAUAUAUUUACUAAGACGAGACGCAGCCUUUUAUCAUCGAGGUAUGUUUUUUCCUAAAGCCGUCACACUAAUAGAAUGUGGACGGCUUCAGUGGCGCUAAAACAGACUAAAAAAUUUUCUCCUGUUGAGAGGUUGUCUUUUGAUGAUAUUUUGAAUAUUUUGGGUCGUUGUUACUGAUUGCAAUGUAACACAUUAUAUAAUCAUUCAGGAACCCCUGGGAGUUUGACAGUCCUUGUGAGAAGUCACUAGUGCUAACUUGUUUCCCACUGCAGUGCUUUGGCUAGCUGCAGGCCAUAGCAGAAUCAACACUUGGCUUGACUCUGCUACACACUAACAAUUGCCUUUUCAUCCAAAUAUUAUGUGGUUGGUGUGUAUACUGGAUGUCUGUUAUGUUAUUGGGCUUAGCCUUAAAUAAGUGCGGAUACACAAAUAAUCAUUGUAGUGCUAAAUGAUAUUGUACGGAACGAUUGCUUUUACCUAUGAUGAACUUUGGUCAUACUGUGUGAAAGUCUGUCAUGGUCAAGACAGCAAGGAGCCAGUUGAUCAGGGCCACUUUGCUGCCUUUCAUUUCUCAAACUUGAUCUUUCUGUGACUGGUGAGCUUGUAAUUCCCCGCUCCGAGCCAGACUCUUUGACAUAGAAAUAUAAGAGUUACAGCUGGAUGGGAAGUCUAGUCCACUACGCUAUUCUAGUAAACUCUAUAUAAUAAAAUCUUAAAUUUCAGAGGCCAAAAAACAGACACAGAUGGGUUGGUAAACAUCCUCACAUUUGUCUUUUCAUUGAAAUGUUUUGUAAUCCUGGGCUAGGCCUCAUCUGGGUUUGGAAUUUGGCCUGAGGUAUCAGCGAUUUAAAUCUGUACCUAUGCAUUACUAUUUUAGUUAUACAUGCCUUGUGCUCAUCACACCACACCUUUCUAAAUGCCGUUAACGUCCCCUAAUCAGUGAGGUCGCACCAGUGUACAGAUGUAUAAAAUGGGAUGAGGAGCAUCAAGGGUGAUUUCUGGGGGCCCAUGAUCUUGUUUGCCAACUUAAGGCACUUGGUGCAUGUGCUAUAUGAAGAUCACUUGAAUUUAAAACUAGACAAGACACCAGUCAAAAAAAAUUGUUGAUUGAUGAAAACAGCCAGGGUUGUAUGUUCAGGUGACAUCCUAAAGUAGAUCACUGGUACUAAGGUUUGUAGAUUGGACAGAGAGAGGGUUUGUGUUCUCAGUGAUUCAGUGGCAUAGGGCUGUGGAAAUAAGUUAUGAGUUCCUAAUUUAAGUAGUAUUUUCCUGAAAGGGACUUGGGAUGUGAAAUUUUCUUUAAAUGGUUUGUCGAUAUCAGGACUGAUUUAACGGACAGUUUAUGCGUGCUCACGCUUGGACUCGGUUCAGAGUGACUUUACUGAAGUAAAACUCCGCGGCAUUGAAGGGCCAGGUUUGAGAAAUGUACUUUUAAUUUAUGCUCUGGAAACCCCCAGUCCAAAUCUGUGGAAGGGAUACUGCUGGCACGAUCACAUACCAGAACGGCUAAUGGGCAAUAGAGUUGACUUCACCUGUUAAAUUCCUAUUUCCUUUUGUUUAAGUAUUGUUAUCAAUAUCAUUGUUUAAAUGCAAUAGAAUCCUUGAGUCUCGGAUUAUUUGUUAAUAAGAUUGAGAUUUAAUUUUUCAGAGAGAUCAAGGGAUUGAUUUAUCUGAGAACUUCUCUCUCAUCACAUUUUGAUGAUUGUUUCAAGGACCUUUUUUUAUUCUGAUAAAAUUGUAAACACUGGAGUGAAAGGAAAAAAAAGACAAAAAAAGAGAUAUGGAUAUUUUUCCUUCAGACUGUACUAGAUUUUAGGUUUUAGACAGAGCCUAUUUCUCCUCAACUUGGCAGAGAAGGUGGACAGAACAAUUUGGAUCAGUACAGUUGAGAGCCCAGUAUGUUCAGUAAUUUUGACAUUAGAGGCAGUAGUACCACAAGAAAAUGUUUUCUUUAUUAUACAAAGUCCCUGGUAUUUGUAGUGAAUUAUAUUGAUAAUGGUAUUAGAUGAACAACAGCAUAACAGUAGCUAUCACAGAUUAGUUGUUUUCUUUAUUAGUCUUGCAUGCAGAGUUAUGGUCCUCAGUUAAGAUAGGAUCUUGAUAUUGAUUAUUUUGUGUAGGCAAAAUGAGUGCAUAAGAAUAACUUCCUAAAAAAUGUUACAAUGAUUAUUGUAAAAUGGGCUAACUAAUAUGUACCCUUGUGAUCCAAUUAGUUUCAACUGUAUGAAUUGAGAGGAAAGGCUUCUUACUAUUAUGCUGAAAUAAAAGAAUUUGUAAAGGA